CCACGUCACUACCGCACCUGCGCGGCCAUCUUGAGCCCCUCGUAAGCAACGGCCACAGAGAAGCAGAGAAAAAAGGCACUGAAAUACACCAAGCUAACCGGACCAAACUGGGAUAUGUUCGCUGGAAAUCGAGGAUUUAUGAAACUGUAAAGGUCGAAUACAGAGGAACGAGCAGGAAACGGCAACAUCGACGGUUCAACAGUCAUCUUAAGUGCCUCGGAUACCCGGACAUUCAAGUAUUUUCUCGUUUUUUUGCCGGAGUAGGAAGGAAGAGUCGAGUCACCGACAGUCAGAAAAAAAAACACACAACCGGAGUGAAACCAUGAAUCCCGAAUAUGAUUAUCUGUUCAAGCUCCUCCUCAUCGGAGACUCUGGAGUAGGGAAGUCGUGUCUUCUGCUGCGUUUCGCAGAUGACACCUACACGGAGAGCUACAUCAGCACCAUCGGCGUGGACUUCAAGAUCCGCACCAUUGAGCUGGACGGUAAAACCAUCAAACUGCAGAUUUGGGACACUGCAGGUCAGGAGAGGUUCCGCACCAUCACCUCCAGUUACUACCGUGGAGCCCACGGCAUCAUAGUCGUAUACGAUGUGACGGAUCAGGAGUCCUAUAACAACGUCAAGCAGUGGCUUCAGGAAAUCGACCGUUACGCCAGCGAAAAUGUCAACAAGCUCCUGGUGGGCAACAAGUGUGACCUGACCACCAAGAAAGUGGUGGACUACACAACAGCGAAGGAGUUUGCCGACUCUUUGGCCAUCCCCUUCCUGGAGACGAGUGCCAAGAACGCCACUAAUGUAGAGCAGGCUUUCAUGACCAUGGCCGCAGAGAUCAAGAAGCGCAUGGGCCCCGGGGCCACCGCCGGCAGCGACAAACCCAACCUAAAAAUCGAGAGCACUCCCGUCAGGCAGUCCGGAGGGGGCUGCUGUUAAAGGACCCCAUCCUCCACCUCCACCAUCUCCACACCUGACAUCUACCAUUCUUCUCCUUCUGUGUCACCCCCCCCUCCCCACCUCCCACGACCACCAUCACCACCUUCAUCUCUGCCAUUCCCACACCCCCACCAUUCCGCCAUGACAACCCUGUAACCGACACCCAGCUCUCUGACCCCUCCUCUCUGCCCGGUCGGCUGAGGCAAACGGAGGACUUGGACUGUUGACGUGCGUUUAGAUCAGAGGAGAGAAUUGGAAGUUUGCGAGGGUUAAUUUGGGCCUGUAACGCUCAUCAAAUCCCAGAGAGAAGAGGAAGAAGAAGAAGAAGACGAGCGGUGAGUGAGUGAGGGAGCGACAAAACCAGACACUGAGGCAACUUCAACUUUCUGCCAGGAGAACAGACAGAAAACAGAGACGGUAGAAGAUUGAUAUUGAUUCAGAGUGGAGUGAAGGCAGAGGAAGAUUUUCCAGAUACCACACGCACGCACAUACAUACAUACAUACUUACAUACGUACACGCGCACACACACACGCACGGCAUAGUGGGAUGGGGUGAGGAAGCCUUUUGGUCAAACUCGUUUUCCCUCAGACUGUGUCUAUUUUUGCAGAUUUCACCUUAAAGACCGAAUCAUACUUUCCUCGUCCACGAGUCCGUAGAGGUCCACCUGAUGUAAAUGUCACCUGUCCACAUCCGCGAUAGUCCUGCGUUUUAAAAAAUAAAUAAAUAAAUGAAUGUGACUGCGCAGGGACGGUGCGUGUCGACUGCGCACGCGCCGCCAGGUUGGACGUUUCUGUGGAAUAGACUAGAAUAGAGUAGAAGAUCAGUUUAUGCACGUGUGAAACUCCACAUCACCGGGAACCGUCAUUUUAUUAUGUAUAGAACUGUUAGCAUGUACGCUUAAACAUGCGCGCGCCCGACUCUCCGCGGACUCGGAUCGCGGAAAGUACGCAGAGGCCUUUUAUUCCUCCAGCUCCCCCUAGUGUCCAUUCACAGCCCCAGACUUUUUAGCUUAUCAAUCAACUUCUCAACCCCACACACACACACAGCUCUGUACACAGUGUGACGUGCUCACUGCUAACAGUGACUCAUCGUUUUUGCCAUUUACAGUAAAAGUGUGAGUUUUUGGACGACAGGACCCUCGCCCGGAAUCGAACCUGUACAGACUUUAGCUGUAGCCUCGUGUACGAGAGAGUUCCCGCGUUCAGCUCGUUCCUCUGACUGAUCCCACUAUUCAGCACGAACAGAACCGUCUUAUUUCCCCCUUUAGCCUCCGCGUUUGUGACUAAGAAUUCUUUCUAUGAAGCAGAUUUGUUUUCUUAGUAGUUUUUUUUUUCCUCUCAAACUGGAACCACAGCUACUUGCGUCUUUUUGUUGACACAGUAUGCAAUGACGCCGUCGCUACAAUUCAAAAAAUCAAAACAAAACAAAAAAACCACGCUCUGUCCUCAAGUCAUAGAGCUGCGCCGCGUGGCCAAAAUCUCUAUUUAAAAAAACGUUUAAAAUCGGCCACUAUCGCAAUAACUAGAUGGUUAAAUAUUGACUUUAGUCCUUAGUGAAAGUUGAAGGAGCCAAUUUAUGGUUUUAAAACUAUUUAUAUACAGAAAAAAAGUCACAUGUCUGAGGUAAAAAACAUUUAAUAGCAGUUAAUGUGUUGUGUCUCAAAGUGUCUGCACCCGUGCAUAAACGAUCAGUAUAUUUUAGGGCUGCAAUCAACAUAAUUGUAAUGAGACUGCUUUUCAAAUUGUUUUGUCCAUGAAUGAUCAUUUCUUUGUUUCCUGGAGCAAAGAAACCAGAAAAUAUUUCAAACUGAUUGAUUGUCCGAAAUCGUCUUAUUAUUGCAGCCUUAACACAUAUUGGACCUUUGUAAUAUUGAUAGAAAAUAAGAGUUUGCCCUCACACGCCAUGAUUGACAGAUACCAAUAAAAAAAAAAAAGUGUGACUCGCCUUCAGGACUGAAACAGGACUUUUUUUAGACUUUUAUUUUUAAGCAUAACAAGGCUUUUUAGUGCUUAAUCGCAACAGGAAAAACCACAGUAAAACUCUCUAAAAUGAUAAACGCAUGAUGAAACAAAAGAUGUGAUCGUACGCGAGACAACAACAGAAGUUUGACAGAAGUGUUACAGGAGGUGGAAGAGGAGCGCUGUGGAUGAUCUUUAUGUCGUCAAAGCUUUGCUUUUUCUUCCUCUCAGUCCGCUCUCGCAGGAGCGAUAACGUCACGCGUAGAGAGAGAGAAAUGUGACAAAGUCCUGUAACAUUUAGCACAGUGACCUGCUGGAACGACACUAAUAUUUACAGUCAGAGGGCAGAGAGCAUUGAACACACAUGACGUGUAUUCACACAAGUGGUUGUGUGUGUGUGUGUGUGUGUGUGUGUGUGAGAAGGGGGCGGGGCUCUGAGUUAGACAUUCUGUCAAAUGAAAACAAUGGGGCAAUAUUCUGCAUUGAUCUUAUAAUAACUGUUUUAUCAUUGUUGUAAUCUUUUUUUUUUAAAGUCUUGUGUUUUUUUUUUUGUUUUUUUCUUCCCCACCGACACUCAAUGGACGAUGGAGACGGACUCGUGCUCACGCUCCAGGUGUCAUGUUUUUACGAUGUGGGUUGACACGUGGCGCGCGUGGGCGUGUCUGUCGGAUUAAAGGGUGGGAGGGGCUAACGGGUCAGCGACAACUCGAGCUGCUUUUCCUUCCUCCCCCUGCAGAUUGGGACCCGCUUGUCAAACAUAGAUCUCGUCAGGUGUGGACACGUGUGUCUCUUUAUGUCCUCGAUCAGUUCUGCUUCCUCAUUAGUUUGCUCCACUUUGUGCCUCUUGUGUAGAUUUUUUUUUUUUUACUUUUUACUUUUUUAAUGAUUGAAUUUUGAUCAUAAUUAGGUCAACAUUUUACACCUGCUCUGUUCUGCACACACUCACAGUUGAGUCAGAGAGCGCGUUUGCACACCGGGAUAAAGCUGUUGCUUUUUAAUGAAGUUUAAACCCCGCUUUCUGUCCCCCGCUCCUGCAGAAAUCAACUCGGACCGACUUAUUUCUCCCCCCGCCCCCCCCGCGAUGCUGUACAGUGAUCUCACGAACACUAAUGCCUUUGAAAUUCACCUCCGGUUGUUUAGAUAAAUAGAUGUAAUUUGUUGUUGUGUCCAUAGAUCGUAUAAAACACAGAUCCAGCCUUUUAACCAGGCUCUGAUUAAACAAAACUCAUGUCUGUCAUACUUAAUCAUGAUUAACUCACAUUUCCACCACAUUCUAUGGAAAAAGUUGGAAAAGUAAGAAUUAGAAGCUAAUUUCCCCAUAGACUAUUGGAGUCGGCCUCACUUUUCAAACCAGAGAACUAUGUCCAUUUCUUGUGUCUCAACUCGAGGCUCCGCCUUCUUCAGAGGUUGCAUUUUCAUGGAUGGUUACAUGUCCCAAGGAUUGGUUUGCUCGGCGAGUAGGCGGAGCUUGAGUUAAGAUACGUGGACACUGGCGAGACUCUAAACAAUCCAGUUCUUCUAAAGUCAGGCUUCUUCACUGAGUUCUUCACCAUGAAGUCUUGGAGAAAACCAGUAGGUAAACCCUGAUGAGCGACUAAAAGUUCUGAAAAUGACCCUACGUCACACUUUUGGCACCAAAAUGAACCACAUUUUUUUUCACUUGGUGACUCGCGCGAUCAUCCUGUAACGUCUCUUCCAGAACUUUAACCACUCGCCCAGUUUCGCUCGGCUCUCGUCGCGCAACCGGGCUUUAAAGGACUGUGACGUAACAACUUGUGUAGAGUUGGUCAGAAAUGUUAUUUCUGCUAAAAGUAAACCAGUUGCACAAAUGACUUCUUCUAACUGAAAGGAACGACUUGGGAACCGGGAGAUGGAAGUUCUGGAAGUAGAUGGUAAAGAAAGACGUUUAGGAAACCACCAGUAAAUCCCACUGCACAGCUACAAAUCAUGACCGCCAACGGUUGCCAUAGUAACGCAGGUAUAAGGCUGUUAGUGUGUGUGUGUGUGGGGUAUUCCAGGGAAACGGGAGGAAUGUAUGUGAGGGAAAAGCCUCCUGCUCUGCUUCUCUACAUGAAACCUGAUCUGACGUACUCUUGCUUUUUACCCUGUUUCAAAAAAGAACUGGAAAACAUGGUGGCGUUGUUGUUAUCAUUACUAUUAUUACUAUUAUUAUUAUUAUUAUUAUUAUAGAUGCUUUUAAGUAAUAAAUAUACUGUUCUAGAGUGGAGUUUGCCUCUUGUUGUAAUCUGUGGUUUGGUCGUUCACAGGAGGGAGAUGCACUUUGGCUGUAGUUGUAGGUUCAGGGACUGACUGGUCUUGGGUUUUCCGCUGUGACCGGAUAUGAACUCCCAAGUCUCCUCGCCGGCCGACCGUGUCGCUGCACCUUGACGAGUUCCUUAAGCUCCUCCUCCACGCUUGGCUGCUUGUCCCGGGCUCAGGUACAGCGCCACCUUGAGCCGCUGAAAAAUUUCAACAACCCUUUCUGCUUUAUCGUGUUCAGUGUGACCACUAGGGGUCACACUAGUUUUGACGGUGGAGGAAUUUCAUAUAUCGUUUGGCCGAUAUAUGAAAUGUCUCGUUCUGGCCACAAACCGAGAAAUCAUUUGGGAGAAAAUAAACCGUAAAAUAUUUACCCUUUUAAAGAAUCUAAAAAAAGGAGGACUUGUUUUAAUCGUGAAAAAUAAACAAACUGAUGAACCUAUAAUCAAAAUGGUUGACGGUUAGUGUGUGUGUGUGUGUGUGUGUGUGUAAGGUCGUGUGUUAACAUUCCUCAGAUUUUUUUGGACACUUGUUGGAAUCCACACCUGUCUCACUUGAGUCGAUGCAGAACAAGCAGGUCUCUCUCUCUCACACACACACACACACACACAUAUAUAUAUAUAUAUAUAUAAAUAUAUACAUAUACAGAAUAAUUAGAGCUUCAGUGACUGAGUUCCUUUUUUUUCCGUUUUUCCUCCUUUUCCCGACGUCUGACGUUCUAAUGAUUUUAAUGUGUUCAUUGAAGUCUAUACUGUGUUGUCUCGUCUAUGGACGUGUGAGGGUCACAUGGAUGGGUGGGGUGGGCGAGGGGGCGGGGCUGGGCCGGUAGGGGGUGAGGCUUUUGCUUAUGAAUGUGAUUUUUUUUUUCUCCCCUCCUUUUUUCUUUCGGUUUUUCUCUUUUUUCUUUUGUAUUCUAUUCUUCGGGGUUUGUUUGUUUGUUUGUUUGUCAUUUGCACACUUGUUCAACGCUGUUCAAUGGCUUCAUAAAGGCACUCACUUCUAGGUGUUUGUUAAUAAAAAAAAAGGACUGGGCAGGAGCUCACCUGUCACUCA